AUUUUUAUAUAGGGGGAAAAAAGAUACGCAACAUCUUUUGAAACCACAAAUUUUCUUUUAAAAGCAACGAUGGUGCAUGCGAUUGAGCAGCAGACCACUCCCGCGGUCCGCUGGGGCAGAGCCAGGCUCUGCGCGGGAUCCCCCGACUACCCUCCCUGCCGUCAUGUGACAGCGGCGUGAGGUGACGUCAUGCGCAAUGUCCCAACGGGCGCGCGGUGGACGGCGGGUCUCGGUCUCUCUCUCUCUCUCUCUCUCUCACACACACACGGAUACAGAGACAGACGCAGUCGAAACAGCUGACGACGAGCGGUCUGGAAUAUAACAAAAACCUGACGUUUCGUGCUAGAACUGAUUACCAAAAGUGAGUUCUGACAACUGGGGUUUAGUCAACGCAGCCAUGUCCCAGGACAAGAGUGGCUACCCUGUUAUGGGAGAGAACAACCCCUUGCAUAACUCUGUGUUUGGCCAGCCGAACCCAGCUGCAUUUGGGAUGCCACCACCCAACUAUACGCAGGCCCCAGGUGGGGCCCCCUUCCCCCAACCUGGCGCUUUUGGUCAGCCCAGCUUUGCACAGGGUGCACCUGGAUUUGGGCAGGCUUCCUACCCACAGAUGCCCUUUCCACAGAUGCCCUACCCUCAGGGUUCAUAUCCCCAGGGUCCUUAUCCCCAAGGCCCGUACCCCCAGAGUCCUUACCAGCAGGGCCCACCUCAGCCUGGCUUCGUUGCAGAUCCCAAUGCCCCCCUGAACAGUCCGGGUUACCAUGCCGAUGUGCCACCGUCGUAUUACGACAAUGAGGAGUUCACCCAGUCAGGCUGGGAGGACAAAUCCAUCAGGCAGGCUUUCAUCCGCAAGGUCUUCUUGGUGCUCACUGUACAAUUGGUGGUGACCUUCUCCUUUGUGGCAGUUUUCACUUUUGUGGAAGACGCCAAGCGCUUUGUACGCGUCAACAGCUGGACAUACUAUGUGUCUUAUGCAAUUUUCUUUGUGGCGCUCAUUGUGCUCAGCUGCUGUGGGGAGUUCCGUCGCAAGCACCCCUGGAACUUGAUUGCGCUGUCCAUCCUUACCCUCAGCCUGUCCUACAUGGUGGGAAUGAUUGCAAGCUUCUACAACACUGACUCUGUCAUCAUGGCUGUGGGCAUCACUGUGGUUGUGUGCUUUACAGUUGUCCUCUUCUCACUGCAGACCAAGUAUGACUUCACCUCAUGCCGGGGAGUUCUCUUUGUCUGCCUCAUUGUCCUCCUGCUGUUCUCCAUCCUCUGCAUCUUCAUCCGUCAUAAGAUCCUGGACAUUGUCUACGCGUCGUUAGGAGCUCUGCUGUUCACCUGCUUCCUUGCUGUGGAUACUCAGCUUCUGCUGGGUAACAAGAAGCUGGCCUUGAGUCCAGAAGAGUACAUCUUUGCUGCGCUCAGCCUUUACACUGACAUAAUCAACAUCUUCAUGUACAUCCUGGCUAUUGUGGGCCGCUCCCGUGAUUGAGAGCCCUGGUCAGAGGAGAGAGGAGGUCUGAGCAACUGAAUGUGGAAAGAUGGGCUUUCAUUACACGCUUUCAUUACAUCCCUUUCCAACUAAGCUUGUUCCACUCCCCUUUGAUCAUCAUCCAACAGAAACACAAGACCCUAAAAUGACUUUUCUCCUCAGGCCCUGUGACACUGCUGGGGUGUGACUUAAAUGGGGAAAGGAAUAUAGAACUAUUUGUGUCCUGACAGCUCACUACACUACUUUAUAUGCUACUAGUGAGAUCGUUGGUUUGAACUCAUUUUGCAUAGAGUGCAGAAAAGUGUUGGAAUGGCUUGUACUGCAACAAAUUCAUUUAUUGUAGUUGUAGGUCACACCUUGCUAUUUGUUAGCAUCUAAGGGAAGAGCCUGUAAAAGAAGCUUAAGGGCACUGUAGUGUUAACAUGCUUCACUCUGGGCCCUCCUGGUUGCUGUGCAUGACCAUGUAUCACAGCUCAAAUGAUUUAAAAAGCAGAGAAAUGUCCCCGCUGUGUUGCUGCUUUCUAACUGUAGCUGUAAAUACAUGGGCGUAUAUGGUACUUAGUCUUUCACAACCUGCAGACCAGCUUACUUGAAUGACAUUUGACUGCUUUGCGUCAGACUUGAGGGAAAUGGAAAAAUUCAGCACCAGCUGACUAUAGCAAUGUCACAAACCGUGCUAGCUGUCUUACAAAACUCUGCAACGAAAAACAAACAUGCACUCCUAGGUAUGACUUAAUGUAUGCAUUUUCCUUAAAUUCUAAGGGGGGGAACCCAUCCCUGAAUCAGUACUACUCUUGUACUUAUUUGAAGUUUUGCCAUUGAGGUACCAUUUGUGUAUUUUCUUUAACUAGUGUGAAAUGUGAAAUUCAACUUUUUUGAACUGUGCAGUUUAGAGCAUAAGACAAAUGGAAUGACACAAUUGUACUAAGUUAUUCAGUCUAUUUAUUGACCGUACUGCAGGGCUGCUGUGGAAUUAAUCUAUGAAUGGAAUGUGUAGUCAUUACCCCCUUGUAUUCUAGAUCAUGUGCAGUGCUGCUGGAAUUUGUAUCAUUUGAAUGCUCUGAAAACUGCUUAGAAUUUUGAAUCUUGAUGGAUCUGAACAAGUAUUAGAUUUUCAUUUUUCUUUUCCAUCUUGUCAGCAUGCCUCCCUUCUUCGCAUGUGACAUGCAAUAUGCAUUAACAGAGCAUUCAGUGAUAAACAGUGAAAGAAAAUGCAUUACUGUAGCAGUCCUGUCAUUUGAGUUCAGAAUUUAAUUGUAUAUAACUAUAUACUGCAAAAGAUAAUUCUUUAGUGGUAAUGAAGUGUAUGGUGUAUUCUUGCCUUUGUAGUUCUGUUUGCACUGUAAAUUUGCAUUAAACUCAACUGGAAUUAUACUGCUACUUGCUUUUCGAUUCAAAUAAAGUUGACUAUCUCAGCUUAGAGC